CCUAAACAUAAGCUGGGCUUACAUAAACCAUCUAAAUAAUUACUUAAUAUGCUAGACAGGUUGACAAUUUUAAUACUUUAUUUACAUGCUCUAAGAAUGGAGAGAAUACAGCAUCCUCCUUUUCUGAAAGCAGCCAUCGGGGAAUCUGUCACAAUGACUUGUACCAUUACAGGUGGUGCUGCUAACUGUCAUACAAAUAAGUGGUAUGUACAGCAACCUGGAAAACCUUUGCACAUGAUAAUGAACGAUGAAAGGAUUUUUACUGCAGGUGGAUUAAUAGAGUAUACCUGCACUUUAAAGAUAAAAUAUAUCAUGGAAAAUGACUCUGGAAUGUAUUUUUGUACAGACUGUAGCACUGUCUAUAGUGACUUUGGAAAUGGGACAAAAUUAAUUGUAACAGAUAAGUCGCAACACAAUCCAGAAGUGUUUAUAUUGUCUCCAUCAGAUUUUGAGAUUAAAUCCAGGAAUACAUCGACUAUUUUCUGCCUGGUGUGUAAUGUUAGCUCUACACAAGUUGUAAUUUCCUGGACUGUUGCUGGAAAGUUUAUGAAAGGAAUGACAGAUCUAACAAAAUUUGCACAAGACGGUAAUCACUGUAUGAAAAGCCAACUAAUAAUACCUGCUAUAAUAUGGAAUAAUGGAAUUAACUGCACCUGUGUAGUGGAAAUUGAACCUGGGAAAGCUAUUACCAAAAGCAUAUGGAAAGGUCAUCCUGAGACUCUUUCAUCUACAAGUACUAUCCAGUAUGUGUUUGACUGUGUGGCAUUUGGAAUCAGUGCAUUGCUGUUUGUAGCAGUGAUCAUUACUACAGUAUACUACCAGAACAAACUAUGGAAGGGUAAUAGAAAGCACAAUUUAAAGAAAAUGUCUCAGAGGAAAGACAGUCAAAGAAAAAGCCUUUCAACAGAAAAUAGGCUUGCUACAACCUGAACUGUGUAUAUCU